CUCAGACUCCACCUGAGGACGGACGAGACACCAGCUCUGCACAGACGAAGACAUGGUAUCAAUCAAGGCAACGGUGAUGGCGGUCAUGCUGCUCACUGUCUGUGUGCUGGCCACGGACACUGCAGAAUAUCAUGGAUGCUGUCGAAGUUACAUGAAAACCAAGCUUCCUUUUCGUCCAAUCAAGGGGUACACGGUUCAAUCUGACAUAGGGUUAUGUCCCAUUAGUGCCAUCAUUUUCCACACAAAGAAGGGCAGAGUUUGCACCGAUCCUGCUUUGGACUGGGUGAUGGAUUACGUCAACCGUUUAAGGGCUAAAGCACAAAUGGUUCACAGAGAGUCAUUGUUCAAGGAGUAAAAGUCCCUCUGAUGUUUGAAGAGAGACGACAACCCGCCUGCAGCAAACAGACUAUCUGGGCUUCUCCUGCCAUCCACAUGCGUACAGUGUAUGAUGAUCCACAGUUAAAUAGCUACUUAAGUAAACUCCAAUGUGCAGUUUCCUUUACUUUCUCUAAAAAGAGUUUCG